AAGAAAAUCUAUUGAACACCUGUUACACACAGAUGUACCUCGUCAAUACCCAUCAGCUCUACCCACAAGUGACCACUGUAGUCAUGACAUUUAUGUUCUCAGCGCUUGAGAAUUUAACUCUCCUCUUUACUUAUUUUAAGUUACUCAUGGACCGUGCUUUACAAGUAAAAAUGUAUUACUCACAUUGCCUUCCUUAAAGUCUUUAUUCACUUGCUGGAAGCUAGUUUGUACUAAAAUCAAGGUGCAAUUUUAUGAAACUUAAUAAGAAACUUGAUAAAUAAUCUGCACCCUCUUUUUCUCAUUAGUUUUUCUUUUCUUGCUAUUUUAGCCUGAAAGUUUCUGUAAUAUUUAUGUAUUGGGAGGAGACAUGAGGCUAGAUGUGAAGUACACUAAUAUCAUGUUAAACCAAAAGUAACUGCCAGUAGCAAUUACUGAUAAUACACACACGGACACUUUGAUUUCAUCAUGAUGGGCACUGGUUUUACGCACAGACAGCCGUGCGUAAAAGUCGCAAUAAAUAAAGGAAAGAGGAAAUUAUGAUACAUAAUAUAUGCCUUUACAAUCACUGUAUACACGUGUGACAAACAGACAGACAAAACGUUUAGAAAGGAAUGCAAAUAUGUAAUGAAUGGAGACUGAAGUUCACUUAUCAGUAUUUCAGAAUUAGUUCUCCCACUUAGUAGGUAAAAGUUUAGACACAAGAAAUGAAGACUUUACCAAAAUACUUUUUCCACUUUCCUUAAACUGUGAUAAAACACACUCGCACUUUGACUCUUUAAAACAAAAUAUUUCUUGUUUUAAUUUUAAUAACUCGUUUGUUUUAAACAAGUGCAAAGGCUCACACAAAACUACUAUCGUCGCUGCUCUACACGAAAACAUCCACCGAUGAUGUCAUAGCUCUCGCGAUAUGUAAUUGGAGGAAGGGAUGUCAGACAUCCUUUAACACAGACGUCACUCUUGGUCAAAGCGUGAAGAAACGUUUUCUUGUAAGAUCCUCGUUUCCUUUGUGCGUUCAACAACAAGACAGUUCGUCCACGUUUCAGCACAAUUCAAGAUUAUAACUACAGGAACAGCACGAUGGCGCAUCAUUACCGACGGUUGUUUGAGAGAGGGUACGUGUCUGCAUUUCUCUGUCUUUCUGCUAUGAUGACAACGGUAUCUACCGUCACCCAUUAUUCUGUUCCCGAAGAAAUGGAGGAAGGCUCUGUCGUUGCUAAUUUAGCAACUGAUCUGGGAUUAGACGUGAAGACGCUCAAAGGAAGGAAGAUGCGCAUCGACGUUAUGGGCAACAAAAAAUAUCUUGACAUCAACAAAGACACUGGAGAGCUGUUUAUUCUGGAAAGGAUAGACAGAGAGUUUUUAUGCCCCUCGAAGACAACUACGUCGUGCUUUCUUAAAUUAGACGCUACAAUUGAAAAUCCAAUACGUAUGUUUAAUAUUGAGGUGGAAAUCACGGAUAUUAACGACAACGCGCCUCAUUUUCGAAGAGGAACGAUGCAUCUGGACAUCUCUGAAUCGAGCCCCGUUGGAGAGAGAUUCUCACUGAAUAAUGCUGCGGACCCAGAUGUUGGAACAAACUCUGUAAAAAAUUAUCAUCUGAGCUCAAGUGAACAUUUUGCACUCGAAAUUCAGACGAGCAGAGAUGGGUCAAAGUUUGCAGAUUUGAUUCUGAAAAAACCGCUGGACAGAGAGCAGCAGGAUGUUCAUAAUCUAAUACUGACUGCUGUGGAUGGGGGCGCGCCCACGCGCACAGGUACAGCCAGCAUCAUUGUUCGCGUGCUUGAUGUCAACGACAACGCCCCUAAAUUUGAAAAAGACAAGUACAACGUAGAUGUGAUGGAAAACUCCCCGAUUGGCAGUCUAAUAAUAAAACUGAACGCCACUGAUUUAGAUGAAGGGUCAAAUUCUGAAAUAGUUUAUUCAUAUAGUUUAUAUACAUCAGAGAGAACACAACAGAUGUUUAACUUGAAUCCAGAAAAUGGUGAAAUCAGAGUGAAAGAGAUGAUAAAUUAUGAAGAUGUUAAACUUUAUGAAAUGGAGGUUAUAGCCAGUGAUAAGGGGCCUAACUCCUUAUCUGGACAGUGUAAACUGACAAUACAGGUGACAGAUAUGAAUGAUAAUCAUCCAGAAAUAUCCAUCAAAUCAUUUCAGAGUCCUAUAAAAGAAAACGAACCGAUAGACACAGUGAUAGCAGUAGUUAGUGUCAGUGAUAAAGACUCAGGUGACAAUGGAGUGGUUGAUCUUCAUAUUCCAGAUAAUAUGCCUUUCAAACUGAGGGAAUCCUCUGAUAACUAUUAUGAAUUAGUAGUGUCAGAGCCAUUAGACCGCGAGAAGGUCCCGGAAUAUGACGUCACUUUCACGGUGACAGACAGAGGUUCUCCUCCUUUAUCUGACAAUGAAACUAUGACGUUAGAGCUGCUGGAUGUUAAUGACAAUGUUCCACAGUUCCCUCAGUCAUUUUAUACUAUCCGUGUGAUGGAGAAUAACGCACCUGGAGCCUUGCUCAGUUCACUCACUGCGUUUGACCCUGACCUCCAUGAAAACCAGUAUCUAGUUUAUUUCAUCCUAGAGAAGGAGAUAGCCAACACCUCCAUGUCCAUGCUGUUCUCCAUCAAUCCAGAGAACGGGAAUCUUUACGCACUGAAAACUUUUGACUAUGAGAUCGAGAAGGAGUUUCUUUUCCACAUCGAGGCCAGAGACUCUGGCUCUCCUCCACUCAGCAGCAACGUCACGGUCCACAUCAUUAUUGUGGACCAGAACGACAACGCUCCGGUUAUUGUGUCUCCGUGGCGCGCGCACGGCUCGGUGGUGGAGGAAAAGAUCCCCAGAUCCACCGAUAAAGGCUCUCUGGUUGCCAAGGUGAUAGCCUUGGACACCGACUCGGUGCACAACUCUCGGAUUACCUACCAGUUUCUACAGGUGACUGACGCCACCUUGUUCAGUCUGGACCAAUACAACGGAGAGAUCCGGACUAUGAGGAUGUUCAGUUACAGAGAUCCGCGUCACCAGAGACUGGUUGUUGUUGCCAAGGACAACGGGGAGCCUGCUCUCUCUGCUACAGUCACCAUCAAGCUGUCCACGAUGGAGACUGCCGUUAAGGCCUACUCUGACAUGACUGAGGUGCCUCUAGAAUAUGACAUCUUCUCAGACCUCAACCUGUAUUUGGUCAUCGGUCUGGGCUCGGUGUCAUUUCUCCUGCUCAUCACCAUAUUGGUCACCAUCGUGCUCAAGUGUCAGAAACCCAAGCCCAGCAAAGCGGCUCCUCCCUGCAGGAACAGUGUGAUCAGUGAGAGGAACUCCACCAUCGCAGAUUCCACUCUGGUCUCCAACGAUGCCAACUGGUACAGUCUGUUUCUAGCAGAGACCAGGAAAGGAAAGCUGGUGGUUAGACAGCCUGUGCCAAAGGGCUCCAGAUACAUCGUGUCCAGUAUACCGAGAGGGACAGGACUCACAGACACUAGUGACUCAGCACCAUCCACUCUGCAGUACCCUAAAUGAGGGAAGUCCACUCGGCAGCUGGAGGCAUCCACCACCAGCAGCGGCGGCAGUAGUUCCACAUAAGGCCAAACCUCCAGCUGCAUACUGCAUUGACUUGACGCUGACAAGAAGCUUCACGGAGGAAAGGAGAAACCCCUGCCCGUAAAAUGCCCCCACGUCCACCCUGCUCAGUCUGAUCCUCACCGUGUAUGUAACGCUUUAACACUAAAUGGACUAAAGUGGAUAGUUGAGGACACAGCCCUCCCCCUCUCUUCCUUUAAGCACAUAAAAAGCCAAUCAACAAUGCCUCUCUGUCCAUUCAGUAUGCAUGAUAAGACCGCAUGGCUUCAACCACAUGCCAAGACUUUUCAUACAAAAAAAGAAACAUUCAAGAGGAGAUACUUAGAAAGAAGCAGACUGUAUGAAGAAACUGCACCUGUGGACAUUUCAAGAAGCCUCAGCAAGGACGACCUGGAGUGGACAUGGGAAUAUUGAAAUGCCUUUGAGAGACAGUUUUCCCUCUCUAAAAAUGAAACACAUGUUGGAUAUUACAUUGUUAACAUCUGUGCUUUGUCUUACUCUAUAACAGCAUUAAUGUAUUAUAUAAGUUAGCCAAGAAGUGAAACAGCACAAUUUACUAAAUGUCAAAAAAAAAGCACCAACCUGGCUUUUUUAAAAGUAUGAAACAGAGGGAAUCAGUAUUUUAUAUGUGGUAGCUUUUAGCUGUUUUAUGUUUCGUAUUGACUUUGUGCUUUAUGUGUGAUCUAGGCCUAAAUAUGUCUGAGAGUGCUGAGAGAUUAGGUUAAGUUAACCAGAACAUUAACAGAUAGAAGCGGGGCCUUCAGCCAUCAUGUAUCUGCCUUUCAUUUGUGUUUGCAUGGGAUAAUCUGAGUGCUUUGAUAGCUUUAGGUAUUUUAUGAUAUUGAGCAAUCCAUUUUCUGUAGCCAAGGCUCACUGUUGUGUUUUUGAAAACAAGGUGGAAUAAUACAUUUUAAUGAGGCAACAAUGAGGAAGUACAACAGCAUUAUACUAUUAAGUGUACCUUCAGCUUAAACUUAAGUGUACAGUGUGCUUGAAUGUUACUUGGAGGGUGGCUAUUACUGGAGGAUAUGAGUUUGGGUGAUUGAAGUGAACACAAUGAACAAAGUGAGUCUUUGAGAAGGGAUUGAUUGAUAUCUCCUCAUGACAACUGUAUAUACACAUAUACAACUUUCACUUUUUUAUUUUCAAAGCCAAAUUCUGGAUGCUCCCAAACUCAGCGUAUUCAGAUCGUGUACCAAGUUCAAAACUCACUUAAUGACUUAAUGUUUACUUUAUUGUCGACUGCUGGUUUUACCCAAUGGAAGCUGUGCUCAUGUGUAUUACUGACUACUGUAUUUAUCAGCAACACAUAAAUGGGGAUAUAGAUAUGACUGAUACGUAUAUAUCUUUAUCUAUAAGUAUGCCUUUCUUUUUCAGUACCGGUGCUGAACUUCUUAAGGUGAACAAAAACAUGUGCCAUCAGAUUUAUAGGCCAAUGAGUAUGUGACACAAUAAAAUAAUCUGACAUCAUGUAGUCGAACUCUUUAGCACAGCUCACAUUGCAUUACAUGUAUAAAGGUAUAAUGUUUAACGGGCAAACAUAUACAAUAAGUGCUUUUGUACAGUGGUACUUUCAUGAUGCAAUAUGUAGUAACUUGUGUAACGUGAGCUUACUGUAUACUAUGUCUGUAUGAUCUAUUAAAUACAAAAACAAAAUAGGACAACAAACUUUAUGGUCAACCUCUGAAUCUUUCACAUUUAAUUUUUGUAUCAGAAGUCACAACAUUCUUUUGGAACUGCUGCAUUAUUGUAAAAUGAGUUUUAGUUUAUGAAGCAGGUCAACCUUCAGUAAAUGUACUCUGAAAGAA